AUGAGGUGCUUCAAUGAGUUUCAACGACUUUUGCUGAUCCACUCUGUGAACGAUCCCCCAAGCCGUUUGCCGAUCUUUGGAGUCCAGGAGGCCCGGCGUUUGACUGAUUACACCUCUGGAACAUUGUUCAAGCACUUUCUGCUCUACCAAUUCUGUGCUCGAUCAGAGAGGGAUGUGGAAACACUGCGAUUCAGCGUUGAGGUGGAAAGGCCCAUACUGCCUCCCGCCUUGGCCAACGCGAGACAGAAACCAAGCAGAAGACCGCAGCAGACUCCAGAAAAUCAAGAUGACGGGACAGGGAUCAGCACCGAGGAGAAAACAGCCGGAGGUGCUGGUGAGGACCCAUCAGAAGAGAUCCAGCGGAUUGUGGAGGAGAAGCUUCGUAUGACUGAAGCGAGACUCGAGGCCAAAUUGGCCCAGAGAGAGCAGCAGUUUAUGGAGCGCAUUGCCAAGAAAGGCUGA